GGUAUCGUCUGAAACCGUAGCGUUGAGCAUCUCCCUACUCAUCUCUGGUGUCACACCCGCAGUGUAUGAGCUUCGUGUAUUUCGAGCAUUCUUCUUUAUUCAUAUAGUGGUUGCUUGGAUCUCUUGUUGAAAAUAAAUACAUUUUUCUUGGCUUUAAUAUUUUUCUUUUAAUUAUUAGCGCCGAAAAGAUUUUGAGGAUCACGGUGAAGACUGAGCGUGAACACGAUGACGGAGGAGAAAACGGAGUUUGACUGGGGAAAUGAGAAGUUGCAGCGUGCACAGAAAACCGUGGAAGAGACUCCUUAUGAUUUAGAAGCUUGGAGUAUACUUAUAAGAGAAGCUCAAAACAGGCCAAUUACAGAAGUACGGCCAGUUUUUGAGAAGCUGGUCACGGUGUUUCCAUCAGCUGGUCGAUAUUGGAAGAUUUACAUUGAACAAGAGAUGAAAAUGCGCAACUAUGAGAGGGUAGAACAGCUUUUCCAAAGGUGCCUAAUGAAAAUCUUAAAUAUCGAAUUAUGGAAACUCUACCUUUCAUACGUUAAAGAAGCAAAGUCAUUUCUUACUACGUAUAAAUCCAAAAUGGCACAAGCAUAUGACUUCGCGUUGGAUCGUAUUGGAAUGGACAUACACUCAUACAGCAUUUGGAACGACUACGUCAUGUUUCUAAAAAGUGCAGAAGCUGUUGGCUCGUAUGCUGAAAAUCAAAAGAUCAGUGCCGUGCGAAAGGUAUACCAACGAGGUGUUAUUAAUCCUAUGAUAAAUAUGGAACAAUUAUGGAAAGAUUACAUGGCCUUUGAACAAAAAAUUAAUCCAAUAAUUGCAGAGAAAAUGGCAAUUGAAAGGUCCAGAGAUUACAUGAAUGCGCGCCGUGUUGCUAAGGAAUUAGAAGCUGUUACAAGAGGACUAAAUAGGAGUGCUCCCAGUGUACCUCCUACUGGACAUCCCGAAGAAGUAAAACAGGUUGAAUUAUGGAAGAAAUAUAUUGCUUGGGAACGCAGCAAUCCAUUACGAACUGAAGAUACGUCACUUGUAGCUCGUCGCGUUUUAUUCGCUAUUGAACAGUGUUUACUAUGUUUGGGCCACCAUCCAGCAGUAUGGCACCAAGCUGCACAUUUUCUUGAACUGAGUUCGAAAAUUCUGACCGAAAAAGGAGAUGUGAAUGCAGCGAAAACUUUGAGCGAUGAAGCCGCAAAUAUGUUUGAAAGAGCAACGAGCACUUUGUUGUCAAAAAAUAUGUUGCUCUACUUUGCACAUGCAGAUUUCGAAGAGGGUCGAGUGAAGUACGAGAAAGUCCAUCAGAUUUAUCAGAAGUUUCUCGAUAUUCCUGAUAUCGAUCCUACUUUGGCUUAUGUACAAUAUAUGAAAUUCGCGAGGCGUGCCGAAGGUAUCAAAUCUGCUAGAACAGUUUUUAAAAGAGCUCGAGAAGAUCGACGAAGUAGGCACCACGUUUACGUGGCUGCUGCAUUAAUGGAAUACUAUUGUACGAAAGAUAAAAAUAUUGCCUUCCGAAUCUUCGAGUUGGGAUUAAAAAAAUUUGGAGAUAACCCCGAAUAUAUUCUUUGUUAUAUAGAUUAUCUAUCCCAUUUGAAUGAGGAUAACAAUACCAGAGUACUGUUCGAAAGGGUAUUGUCGUCUGGUAGCUUGGAACCAGAAAAAUCAGUUGAUAUCUGGAAUCGUUUCCUGGAGUUUGAAUCUAAUAUAGGAGAUCUCGCAAGUAUAGUAAAAGUCGAAAAAAGAAGGAGUGCUGUACUGGAGAAGAUCAAAGAGUUCGAAGGCAAGGAAACGGCUCAGUUAGUGGACAGGUAUAAGUUUCUUGAUCUUUACCCAUGUACGUCUAUGGAAUUACGUUCUAUCGGGUAUAUAGAGGUUUCUAGUGUUGCGAGAAAUUCUACAGGCGCCAUGCCACGAGCGCCAGAUCCAGAAAAAGCUAUGGCAGCUUUGCCCAGACCAGAUAUAUCACAAAUGAUUCCGUACAAGCCAAAGGUCAAUGCUGUACCUGGCGAACACCCAGUUCCAGGUGGUACUUUUCCUUUGCCUCCAGCAGCAGCACAAUUAUGUACAAUACUGCCUCCACCAGGAUGCUUCAGAGGUCCGUUCGUAGCUGUUGAUUUACUUAUGGACGUUUUUAGUAGAAUUCAAUUACCCGAUCACGCACCUUUACCAAUAGCAGACAAUGGGUGUGACACAAAAUUAUUUGACCUAGCCAAGUCCGUCCAUUGGAUUGUUGAUGAGAGUAAUGACGGCACAGGAACAGGUUCAAAACGCAGAAGAACGCGAUUAGGGGGCGAUGACAGCGAAGAGGAAGAUCUACCUUCACCACCAGCGAACGAUAUUUAUCGUCAAAGGCAGCAGAAACGUGUAAAAUGAAAAAAUGAAAUAACUUUCCAAGAGUGGUUAUAUUUCUGGCUGGCGCAAAAAAUAUGGAAAUUAACGCAGCACGCGGAAUAUGCUGCGUCGGGAAUGGAAAUCAUGAUCGCAACUAUAUUUUCUUACAUUUAAAUUAAGGCGCGUUCGCGAAAAAAAAAGGAAGAUAGAACGGUUAUUCUUCUGAAUAUCGAAAAGUGCCGAUCUGUUACCAUGUGGUCUGAUAUUUCAUCCCAUUCCUAUUUGUUCUGCUUGUUAUCGAAAUUAAGCAGCAGAUAUUACAAGAGAACAAAUUGAAAUUAUUUUAAAAUCUAUUACUGCAACGUCCUGAGCCAUGGACUCUUCGCAUUUAGUAUAUGUAUGUUCAUACAUACACGUCGAGAUAUGGAUUUUCCUUAUCAUCAUGAUGGGAAGUGUUACUAUAUAAUUUAUCCAAAUAGUUAUUAUCUGAGGUAAUAAACCUAGGGUACAUAUACAUAUACAAGUAAAUAAUAAAUUUUGUAACGAUACUUAUAUGUAUGGUUAUGGCAGAUUACUUGAAAAAUUGUAUAUAAUUGCUUAAUACAAAGUAUAUCCAAAAUGUA